UCACAACCUGCUUUCCAGCGUGCCACCACCAUCUGCUCAGCGGUCGCCAUGUACAUCCGCCCUGUGCACGCCGAGCACCACCUUCCGACUCUCCACGCCUUCGUUCGCUCGAACCCACUCGGCAUCCUCACAACCGCUAUCGACUCUUCGUCGCAUCACUUCCUCCAAUCCAGCCACAUCCCGUGGCUGCUCGACGACGGCGGCGCGCAAGGGCUCGGUGUGCUCAGGGGGCACAUCGCUCGCGCGAAUCCACAGGCAAAGGUCAUCAUCGAAGAACUCACCAACGGCCCAUCGCAGGCAAGUGCACCACGGCUCCAGAAGGACGUCCUCGUUCUCUUCAACGGGCCCGCCCACCACUACGUCACACCAAAGUUUUACACAGAGACCAAGCCCUCGACGGGCAAGGUCGUUCCUACCUGGGACUACGCCGCAGUGCAGGUGUACGGCCGCGCGACGGUAUACUUCGACACGACCGACCCUGCGACCGACGCGUACCUCACGAAGCAGGUGUCGGACCUGUCGCAGUUCGCAGAAGGCACGCUCAUGGGAUACAAUUCACCAUGGAAGGUCUCGGACGCACCAUCAAACUACAUCGAGCUGCUGAAGAAGGCGAUUAUCGGUAUCGAGAUCGAAAUCACGGAUAUAGCAGGCAGGUGGAAGAUGGGCCAGGAGCUUCCAGAGGGAGAUCGCGAGGGCGUCGUGAAGGGUUUUGAGCAGCUGGGGACGCCGGUUGCGCAAAUCAUGGCGCAGACUGUGCGGGAGAGGGCGGAGCUAGCAGAGGCGAGGAAGAAAGCGCAGGUAUAAAUCGUCUGGAGGAUCGGAUUCAGCUCUUGAUACCUCCCUCUUAGCCUGGACGCAAUCUUUGUUCUUCACUAUAACACAAUAUCAUACCACGCCGAUAUCCGCUAAAGCUCGUGAGUGCUGCUACAGUGACGUUUGGAAGCACCGCUUAUUGUGAAUCCGUAGCAAUAGACGUCCUGCGUCGGUCAGGUGGAGCAAGUCCGUAUCUGAGCGCAUAUCUCUUGACGAAGUGUGAGUAAUCGCCAGCUCUUUGGAGCUGCGCAGCUGGGCGUUUUACUCGCAGCUUUCGCCGGCCUUUGGGGGUUCCGCGAGCAACAAGCGACUACCCCUUCAAGUCAAAGUGUGGAGUCUUCAACACUGUUCCCCG